AUGACGUCCCUCCUAGGCAAGAACCCGAGGCUCGAACAGUACGAGCAGGAAAAAUUACAGCACACACCGUGGGUGGAAAAGUACCGUCCCAAGAACUUGGACGAUGUGGCAUCCCAAGACCACGCCGUCAAGGUGUUGAAAAAGACCAUCGAAUCAGCCAAUUUACCCCAUAUGCUCUUCUACGGUCCGCCUGGAACUGGUAAAACUUCCACGAUCUUGGCGUUGGCCAAGCAAUUGUACGGGCCAAACCUCUACAAGUCCAGAGUGUUGGAGCUCAAUGCCUCGGACGAGAGAGGUAUAUCGAUAGUCAGACAGAAGAUUAAGAAUUUCGCCAGAUUGACGGUGUCCAACCCUUCCAAGGAAGACUUGGAAAACUACCCUUGCCCUCCCUAUAAGAUUAUCAUUUUGGACGAGGCUGAUUCUAUGACCAACGAUGCCCAGUCUGCAUUGAGAAGAACAAUGGAAACCUACUCUGGGGUCACCAGAUUCUGUUUGAUCUGUAAUUAUAUCACCAGGAUCAUCGACCCAUUGGCCUCCAGAACUUCCAAAUUCAGAUUCAGAUUGUUGAACAACGAAAACGCUUUAACCAGACUCAAGUACAUCUCGCACGAAGAGAACAUUAAUCUUUCCCCAGACGAGCCGGUGUUGGAAGAAGUGUUGAAGAUAUCGGCAGGAGACUUGAGAAAAGCUAUCACGUUUUUGCAAUCUGCCUCCAAGCUAAACAACUCGUUGAACUCAACUGACGAAGAUGGUGAUAGUGCCAUGGACAAAACUCCAAUCACGAUAAAGUCUGUCCAGGAAAUUGCGGGCGUAAUUUCUGAAGAAUUGAUUGACACAGUGAUCGAUUCCAUUCGGUCCAAGGACCAGAGAAAAAUCAUCCAACAGGUGGACGAAGUUAUCCUAAUGGGUUGGAGUGCCCAGCAAUUUGCGGACCAAUUGCAUACUAAGUUGAUAUUGAAUGAUACCAUCAACUCCAUAACCAAGAAUCAAAUAGCCAAGAUUCUCUUUGAAAUAGACAGAAGGUUGAACAGCGGUACCGAUGAACAUAUCCAGCUUUUGAACUUGUGCUUGCAAAUAUCCAAGGAGUUCUAA